UAAUAUUUCUGAGGAUAAAACAAAGAACAGUAUUAGUAUUGAGUAUGAUAAUGAAAACAUUAAAUACGAAACUAAUUUUUUAGCUACAAAUUUUCCUAUUCAAAUUGAAUCAGAUCCAAAUGAUACAUUAUGUUUAUUACUUACUGUUUAA